CAACAGGGAGUCCAAUAAUAGAGUUGGACUUCAGCCUCCAUGUGAAAAAAAUUAGUUUGUCCCCCUACCCCGGCCCACCCCCAAAGUAAUUAGAAAUUCUAGUUUCACUCCUAGCUAGCCAGCCUCCAUCCUUUUAAAAGAACUCGAAUCCCUUAAUUCUCUGUGAACAGAGGGAGCAAUGGCUUUCCGUAGGAUGCUCUUGUACGUGGCAUGUGUUGUUCUGAUGUUAUCGAAAAUGGUUGCAGCAGCAUCAGCAACUUCAUUAGCCAAGCCAAACUGCCAGAACAGGUGUGGAGAUGUUGAGAUCCCUUAUCCAUUUGGCACAACGGAAAAUUGCUACCUUGAUGAUAAUUAUUUUAUCAAUUGUAGCAAUUCCAAACCACUGCGGGGAAAUAUUGAAGUCGUCAACAUUUCCAUCCAAGGCGAGCUUGAAAUCUUGAUGUUUAUAGCCGAAGAAUGUUACCAAAACUCGAGUGGUGUGCAUGUGGUUGACAACACGACCUCUCUCACUACCGCCACUUUCACAAUUUCCAACAUCAAAAACAAGUUCUUCGCUGUCGGCUGUGACACUUACGCCAACCUCACUGCUUACCGGAACAAUGAACCCUUCUCCAUAGGCUGCAUGUCUACGUGUCAAAGUCUUACGAAUGUCGACAGUGGAUCUUGCUCUGGAAUUGGGUGUUGCCAGGUUGACAUCCCAACAGGAUUGAAGAACUUUACUUUGGAAGCUAAUAGCUUUGACUAUCACAAAAAUGUCUAUGAUUUCAGUCCAUGCAGCUUUGCUUUUGUGACUAAUGAAGAGUUCAAAUUCUCCUCUGAUUAUCUAGAAACAAUGCCAGUUGACAAAGAAGGGAAUUUAAAAAUGGUUCUUGAUUGGGCAAUCGGUAAUCAAACAUGUAAAACUGCUCCGAGCAAGCCGGAUUACGUUUGUGGACAGAACGCCGAAUGUGAUAAUCCCCCAGAAGGGGUUGAUGGGUAUCAUUGCAAGUGCAAAGAAGGUUAUGAAGGAAACCCAUACCUCCAUGAUGGUUGCCAAGAUAUUAAGGAGUGCCAAGUUCGGAAACCUUGCAAUGCUACAGCAAACUGCAUCGACACUGAAGGGGGUUUCACAUGUACUUGUCCCGAAGGAUACGAAGGCGAUGGAAAGGUUUACGGAACAGGUUGCAGUCGGCGGCCUAAAGCCAGCGACAGCCAUGCGAAGAUCAUUAUUAUUGCACUAAUUGCUAUCAGCAUUGGCCUCUCAGCAUUGUUUGUGGUAGGUUCUUCAAUAUAUUGUGGACUCAAGAGAAAAAGACUUCUCAAGCUGAAAGAGAAAUUCUUCCAACAAAAUGGUGGCUUGUUGUUGCAACAAAAACUCUCGGAUGAUAGAACUUCCAUGGAGACAGCCAAAAUCUUUAGUGCGGAAGAACUUGAAAAAGCUACAAACAAUUACGAUGAGAGUAGAGUACUUGGUCAAGGAAGCUAUGGAACUGUUUAUAGAGGAGUCUUACCAGAUGAUAAACUGGUCGCCAUUAAAAAAUCAAAACUUUGUGAUCAGAGCCAAAUUGAGCAAUUCAUAAAUGAGGUGAUUGUGCUUACCCAAAUUAACCAUAGAAACAUCGUUAAGCUAUUAGGUUGUUGUCUAGAAACAGAAGUGCCAUUACUAGUUUAUGAAUUCAUCACCAAUGGAACUCUUUCAGCCCACAUUCAUGAUAAAGUCCUAUCAUCCUCACUAUCAUGGAGAAAGCGUUUGAAGAUAGCAGCAGAUACUGCAGGAGCACUUGCAUACUUGCAUUUUUCGACUUCCACGCCAAUUAUACACAGGGAUGUUAAGCCUGCAAAUAUUCUUCUGGAUGAUAACUAUUCAGCAAAGGUGUCUGACUUUGGAACUUCAAGAUUGGUCCCACUUGAUCAAACACAAUUAACUACUUUGGUGAAGGGAACUUUGGGGUACCUAGACCCAGAAUACUUCCAUAGCAGUCAACUUACAGAAAAAAGUGAUGUCUACAGCUUUGGGGUUGUUGUGGCAGAGUUAUUGACUGGUAAGAAAGCACUUUCUUUCGAUAGGCCUGAAAGCGAUAGAAGUUUGGCAGUAAACUUUAGUUCUGCAGUAAAAGAGGAUCGCUUACAUCAAAUUCUUGAAAACCAUAUUGUACGUGAUGGGAAUAUUAAUGAGAUAAAUGAAGUUGCUAAGCUUGUGAAGCAGUGCUUAAGUAUAAGAGGAGAUGAUAGGCCAAAUAUGAAGGAAGUGGCAAUGGAGCUAGAGGGGUUGAGAAGUUUGGAUCAAAAGCAUCAACGGGGAGAGGUUGAUCUCUAUACAAAAGAGGCUGAAUGCCGGGUCACUCCACCUGCACAGUACUCUUUCAGCAUUAAUGGUGUCAAUAAUGGUUGCUCUUCGACCAGCACAACAAUGGGGUAUGAAAGUAUGAGAAACCAAGACUUGAAACCAUUAAUAUUGAAUGAUGGUAGAUGAUCUUGAAACCAAGUCAGCUGUAUAUAUAUUAUAUAUAUACAGGCUCUCUUUCAUUUUCAUGUCUAAUGUCUUCUUGCUACCUUCCCUUUUCUGUCAUAAAGCGUACUUGCUAUUAGAUCAUGUACCUCGCAAUUAAAUGUUUUGAAUGAUGUUGUAGUGUUGUCAUCUUUCAUUCUGUUUUUGUGAUCUAUAAUAAUUAAGAACACCUUCUUGA